AUGCGUACAUAUUAUCAUUACAAGCGGUCUAUUCCAUUUUGUUGCUUUACUGUGCAGUUGCCGAUUCUCUCUCUCUCUUUUCCACUGUUACUAUUUCUGCAUCCAUUUUCUAUGUGUGUCUCUUUCUCUCUCUUCCUUAUUCUUUUACUUUUUAACACUCCGUACAUUAGACCUGUGAACUCAAGUGACAAGGAAGACAACAACAAGAAGAGUGACACUACUAAUAACAAGGAUGACAGACCCAUGUUAACUAAUCCCACUGCUGCUGGUGUUGGUGGUUGUCUGUGUCUGAAGUUAUUGUAA